AUGUCUCGCCGCAAGUCAAUGGAUACACGUUCGGAAUCGAAGCUUUUGUCCCAAGUUACUCAAAUAAUCAGUCUCACCCGCGCUACAGAUUGGUAUUCAAAUCCGCCGAUCGAGUGGAAUCUGAAGUCCGUCUCGCUCCUCAUCCAAAUCAUCUCUUUCGUUAUCGCAAUGGAUUUGGAUUCGCAGCCCAAACCAGAGUCGGAGUUCAUGUCACUCAUCGCUCAAACAAAAUCUGUCUGCAAAUCAAUGGUUUCGGAUCAUUCCCAGCCGAAGCCCCUUCCGGAGGUCAUAUCUCUCAUCACAUCUCUCACAACCACCAACAUAAACGAUUCCGUUUCGGUUCGGAAGCUUGAAUCACAUAUCAUUCAUAUAACUUCUUUUGCCAGCUCAUCGAAGUUGAACUCGGAUCUCAUGUCACUCAUAUCUGAAACAAUCUCUCUCUUCAAAUCAUCGGAUUUGGAAUCAUACAAGCCGCUGCCGGAGCUAAUGUCACUCGUUACUCAGAUGAUAAAGAUGAAGUCGCAGCUCGUGUCACUCAUUCCCGAUACGAUGAGUCUUCACCCGGAGCCGGAGCUCGUAUCACUCAUCCAUCAAAUAUUCACCUUCUUCGUCAACUCUAUGGACUCUAAGUCGCAGUCGCAGCAGAUCAAGCCUAUGGAUCCGACGUCCGACUUUGAAAAGAAGCUCUUCUCACUCGUUGCUCCACUGGUCUCUCGUGAAGAUUCGGAUCCAGGGGUCGAGUCACAGAUCAUUCAAAUCAUCUCUCUGGUUAACUCAAUGUAUCCGAGGAGAGAUAGAAACUCCGUGGAGUCACAGCUCAUGUCACUCAUUUCUCAAGUGAUCUUUGUCUUCAAGUCUAUGGAUUUGGAUUCUCAGCCGAAGCCGCUAUCCGAGCUCAUAUCAUUCAUUUCUCUAAGAAUCUCUGGCGGAGACUCUAUAGAAGAUUCGGAGUCGGAGAUAAUGUCACUCAUUGGUGAAACAAAGAGUCUCAACCCGGAGCCGGAGCUCAUAUCACUCAUCUAUCAAAUACUUUCCCUCGUCAAUUCUAUUGCUACAGCUCCAUACUUUCAGGACAUUAUUUUCUUAUACCCUCAAGAAGAAGUAAGAAUGGAACAAGGAAAAUUUCAUGUGGAUGAACAAGUCUCGUGGAGAAGCAAUAGCAAGUGGGGGUGUUUCGCUGAAACAUGGCAAGAGUUCAGACUAGAAUACAGCCUAUAUAGAAGCAGCGGUCGCUAUUUUCGCUGCCGGAACUGCAACGGCAAGUACCAUAGAGAACAUAACACGGCUCCAGUUGAGAUCAAACACCCUCUGCAUCCAAAACAUUCUCUUGGUCUUGUCUUGUUGCAAUCGCCUAAUGAAACAAGAAAAUGUUAUUGUUGUGAUAAAAUACUCUCACAAGUAUUUUAUUACUGCUGGGCUUGCGAUAUUGCUAUUAAUUUUGACUGUGCGAGGGAACAACCGGUCUUGUAUAUAGACCGUCCCAAGUGGCAUGACCAUACACUUGCAUUUUUCCCGAGUGAGGCUUCUUUAAUCUGCAACCUCUGUGCCUUGGUCGGUUCAACAAGCUGUCCUUUCUAUACAUGUCCUCCUUGUAACUUUGUGGUCCAUCAAAGCUGUCUCCGCUUACCACGUGUCAUUAAGAUAUCACGCCAUCCUCACCAUCGUAUCUCUUUUACUCCUUCUUUUGUUCAAGGAGAUUGGGUUUGUGGUGUUUGUCGCAGAAAUAUUAACAACGAUUAUGGGGGUUAUUCUUGCAUCAAGGACGCUUGUUCGUUUGCAGCCCACUCGAAAUGUGCCACACAGAGCAAUGUCUGGGAUGGCAUAGACCUUGAGGGGUUUCCUGAAGAAAUUGAAGAAGAAGAAGUUGAGCCGUUUGUGACGAUAGGCGAAGGAAUCAUACAACAUUUCAGUCAUCCAGAUCAUCAUUUGAGACUUGAUGAGAACAAGGGCAGAGAUUAUGACGAGAACAAGUUGUGCCAAGCAUGCAUCAUGCCAAUCUAUUUCGGUAACUUCUACUCUUGUAUACAUUGUGAUUUCAUUCUCCAUGAAGCAUGUGCAAAACUUCCUCGUAAAUUAUAUCACCCGAUACAUCCACAUUUGCUCACUCUAGUAGUGGAAUUUGACCGUAAGAAGUCAUGUUUAGCUUGCCCUUGGAUGUACACUUCUGGUUUCUUUUAUGAGUGCGAUAUAUGUGAAAGAAAAUAUGGAGAAGAAGUUCAGUAUUUUAUGCUACAUGUGCAGUGCGCCACAAUUUCUGAGCCAUUAGUCCAUGAAAGCCAUAUGGAUCCUUUAUUCCUAACAUCCAAACCAGGAGAGCAAAGAAUUUGCUCGGUUUGCCAAGAGUCGGAUCAUAAGCACACAGAAACAUUCAAUUGCAUUGAGUGCGACUUUGCUUUGUGUUUCAAAUGUGCUACUUUGCCUCAAAAGGUGAGGUAUAAGCAUGAUAAGCAUGAGCUCACUCUUUCUUAUGGGAAGGAGAGUACGUCGACGUAUUGGUGUGAACUGUGCGAGAGAAAAAUAAACCCCAAGAAGCGGUUAUACAUGUGUGAAGAAUAUUGUUGUGUCACUCUGCACAUCGAAUGUUUGAUUGGGAUUGACUUAUACAUGAAGCCCGGAUCAUCAUAUUUCAUCCAAGGUGAAAAGAUAGAUGUUCUGCCCAACAAUCGUCAUAUGUGUCGACCUUUUUGCAGAGUUUGUAAGAAGCGUUGUCUGUACAAAACAGCUUUGAAGCAAAGUAGAUAUAGCUGGGGUAUAUAUUGUUCCACGCGUUGUUUGUUGGAUAAGCUUGAUAGCUAUAAGCUCAAGAAGCGUUAA